AUGGCGGUGCCGAAGAUCCUAGUAUGCCGGACCAUGCCCACUUCGGUACUGCGUCGAGCCGAAGCAGCCGGCAAAGUCGAACUCAUCACUCGACCUGACCACGAAGGCGAACAAGCACCGUCGCGCGACUGGGUACUCUCCAACCUGCGCGACAACACCAUCUCCGGCGCCGUCAUCUGCCUCUCCGACAAGGUCGAUGCCGAAUUCCUCGAUGCAGCAGGUCCAUCCCUCAAGGUGAUCUCGACCAUGUCCGUCGGCUACGACCACAUCGACCUGCCGCUCUGCAAGCAACGCAGCGUUCGUAUCGGCAACACGCCUCGCGUGCUCGAUGACGCUGUCGCUGAACUCUGCCUGCUACUCACCCUCAUGGUGACACGUCAAGUUCCAGUCGCAACUCGAACGGUCCGCGAAGGCGAAUGGCCUCACAACCCCUGGACACCGACCUGCUUCAUGGGCCCUCAAUUGCGAGGCAAGACCAUCGGUUUCUUGGGAUUCGGAAACAUCUCCCAAUCCUUGUGCAAGCUUCUCGUACCUUUCAAACCAGCUCGGAUGGUGUAUACCACGUCAAAGGCGAGACCGUUUCAGCGGGACGACGAGUACUUUUCUUCGUUGAUGCAAGACGCGUUCCCGGUCGACAGGAUCAAGGUGGAGAAUGUGGCGGAUAAAUUCGAGAUGGCGAGGCAGGCGGACGUGGUGUUUGUGCUGGUGGAUCUGAAUCCGAGCACGAAGCACGUUGUCAACAAGGAGUUCUUGGAUGCCAUGAAGCCAUCGGCGUACAUCAUCAACGCCUCUCGGGGUGGGACCGUCGACACAUCAGCACUAGUCGAGGCUCUUCGUAACGACAAGAUCGCCGGAGCUGGACUGGAUGUCAUCGAAGGAGAACCAGGUGAGUUUUACUGCGGAAACCCACGGAAAAAGCCUUCGGGAACACGGCAAGAUCCGAGCCGUCCAAGAGAUGGUGACAAAUGGUUGCGGUGUGACGAUGAGAGUCGUGUUUGUAAAGACAAGUCGUAUCGAUGCAAUGGCGGCAAAGUCGGUUCUGGCGCCAACGCCGGCACCUUCAACGCCGCCAAGGGCGCUCUUGCCGGUGCGGGUGCCGGUGCUGCUGCCAGCUCGUCUUCCGGCAACAAGGCUACUCCCAAGACCUAUCCCUUCUGGCUCGGAGGUGCCGCCGGCUGCUGCGCAGCAUCCAUCACCCACCCGCUCGAUCUCACCAAGUACCGCCUGCAAACAGCCACCGUCAAACAGGGCAUGUUCCGCACCAUCAUCCUCUCGGUCCGCUCCGAAGGCGUCACCUCGCUCUGGCACGGUCUCACCGCCACGCUCCUGCGUCAAUUCACCUACUCGGUUACCCGUUUCGCCGUGUACGAAGACAUGAAAACGCGCGUCACCGCUGCCUCGGGCAAGGCGCCUACGACCUCGGAGCUCGCGCUGUGCUCCGGAACUGCGGGUGCCGUCGCGGGCGUGGUGGGGAACCCAGCGGAGAUCGUGCUGGUGAGGAUGUGUUCCGACCUCAACCUGCCCAAGGACGCGCGCUAUGGGUACAAGAACUGCAUCGACGGCCUCGUCAGGAUCGUCAAGGACGACGGUGCAGGUACGCUCUUCCGUGGCCUCUCUCCGAACGUCUUUAGAUCCGUCGUCAUGAACAUCUCCCAGCUCGGCUCGUACGACCUGUUCAAGGGAAUCCUCCAAAAGCUAGACGUCGUCCCCGACGGUCCCGUACUCCAGACCGCGGCCAGCUUCUGCGCCGGUACGCUCAGCACUACGCUCUGCACCCCCAUCGACGUGGUCAAGUCGCGCGUCCAGAACCUCAAAAAGGGUGCCGGCAACGUCGGUGUUGCCGGAGUCAUCAGGGAUGCCCUCGCCAAGGAUGGUCCCACGGUCUUCUUCAGAGGUUGGACGCCGGCGUGGUUGCGUCUGCAGCCGCAGACGACGCUGCUCUUCUUGUUCUUCGAGCAGUUCAAGAGUUUGGUGGAUAAGAGUAGGGAGGGGAAAGCGCAGGCAGAGGUGAGGGUCAACAAUUGA